GAAGCUCACUGCACUGAGGUGAGCGGACUUGUUGACGCACACGACAGGUAAGCUGUUAGAAAAUUCUAUUUUAGUUUUUUUAAGUUUGAAGUUUUGACUACAAAACAUUCAUCAUGCAAAAUCAAAUCUACUUUUCUUCUCCACAUGGUCUCUUCUUUAAAAUCAACAUUUUGUUGCUGGUUUACAGAAUCAGUUUUCAGAGCACCAGUAUGGCUCUGCAGACAGAUACGAUGAACUGUACUGACUUCUCACCAUCUGAUAUUCCAAUCAGUUCGGCAGAUCCAGUUUUUUUUUCUAGCUCCUGUACUCCCGCGGCCUUGGUUUGUGGCUUUGUUGUCUUGAUUGUUUGUGGUUUGAUCAUCUGUGCUGUCGUGUGUAAAUGGAAACGUGGCAAAACUAAAUCAAAGAAUGAAAUUACAUUACUUCAAAAUGAAUCACAAAAGACGGAGAAAGAACUGCGUGAGGUGGUUUCCACACUGAAGACUGAACUGGAGCGACAGAGAGAUCAACUCAAAGGAAACCUGGAGGAAGUCGAGACAGAGAGGGAGAAGAACAAGCGGGAGCUUCAGUCAGUGGAGUCAAAAAUAACAGAGGGAGAAAUUAGAUUUGACAAACCAGAGGAAUUGUUAAAAGAAAAGGAAAAACUUUUACAGGAUCAAUGGAAACUGGACGAGAAAAAGAAGAAUUAUGAGAGACAGAAACUGAACAUAGACAAAUUGCUGGAGCCAAUAGACAAUCAGGUACUAGGUUCUGCUUAGAUUAGCCAAACCGAUACGAAAGUGGAAACAAUCAGAGCAAAUCUCAAAAUUUCAUUGGUGCACCAGAGAACUGGCUCAAAAGUCAAACUACAGAUGAAUUCCUUCAUGCUUGUGGGGACUGUUGUAGAAAAAAGUGUAAUUUAAAAUUCUACGAAAUAGUAAAAGGGGGAUUUAAUAUCACUGGGUGCAGAUCGACUGGAUGUAACUGACUGAGUGCAGACAAAGUGUAAUAAUGUGUAUGAGGAUACAAUUUAAAACAUAUUUGACGUCUUAUAUUCACAUUUAAAGACGUGUGAGCUGAUCUGCUUUGUGAUUUCUUUGUUUGGCAUCUGUGUUUCAUCGUCACUGUCUGUUUUUUGUUCACGAUGAGCUGAUUAUUUUAGACAUUUUGAAAAUACAAUCGAAAUAAAAAAGGUUCAGUAGAAGUUUGUCUUUUUUCCCACUGUGCGAACGUAUCACUGCUGGAUUCUACUGUAAACAACAUGAAUCCCAGCUGACCACAGCGUGGCCACGGAGCUAACUGCCACCUUUUUAAAGCAACGCAAGACACAUUUUUUUCUGUGCAUGUCACUUUUCAAAACAGGAGUUACAAAGAGAUUUACAGGAGGAAGAACAGUGAAGAGGGCACAACCCUUCAAGUGCAGAGGGGCCUGACUAACGCCUGGUGUGUCAGUGGAGAGAAGCUAAAACUGGAGAAAUGCGUGGUUUUGUUUUGCCUUGCUGCAAAGGGAGAACAUUUCGUGCUGUCAGCUAACAUACAUGUAUGUACAUGCGUCAACAGACAGGCGGGAAAAUCACAGAGGGAACACACCUUACCUGGUUACAGGUUCAGAGUACAAGUUAUCUGAUUUGAGGACUUUGACCGUGCAACUCACGUUACUCUGAGGCGAGGCGACUUUAAUGCACAAAGCAGGGACGCUUUUGAAAAUUCAAUUCUUCUGAAUUGCUCAUUCUGUUGAAGUUGUACAACAUAUACCAUUGUUACAAAGAUAUUAUUUCAUGAUCGAAUAUUUAUUGGAUUAUCUAACUCGCAUGCAAGCUGUCUGCAGCAGCAAGCGGUUUCGGUUUUGUGAUUCAAACAUUACUCUCAACCCACUGCCAUGCCUGGAUUUUUAGCAUGCAUGUUUUUCUGUAGGAGCCAUAUAAAGUGACUUUAAGUGCCAAGCUGGUUUGUGUUUCAUCCGUCCAGCUGAUUCUGUCUCAUCCAGCUCCACCUACAGUAUUGUACCAUCAUCAUCAUCAUCAUCAUGCGUUAUACCUUCCUGUCCGCUCUCACAACCGUCUUGGCUUUGUCCACAUGGAAAUACCAUUUCCAAAAAGAUGAGAACACGGUCCAUGACAAGAUCAUUCCACUGCUUCAACAAGAGUCACAAGAGAAAGAGAAAGAAGGGGGAAAGGUGCUUACUACAUUGGUGGAACAGAAGAAGGAGCUCAGGGAGCUGACAGAUAAACCCAAACUUAAAAAGAAUUGCACAGAUCUGAACCCGAAGGUCAGACUGUUCUUUAAACCUGCAUUCACCGCCUUCAGCCUCGACUCUGUUCUCGUCCUCCUCAUCAUACACACUUUUGGAGCUGAUCUGGUUGCAUCCAUUUCCACAGUGUCUGGCUACAUGAGCUCCACUGGUGGCCUGCUUGACUUGGCUUUUAGUUUUAUUCUAGCUGGUUAUGCCAUGUACAAAUGGAAACGUGAGAAAGCCGAGUUGGUGACGGAAAAUACGCAGCUUCAAAAUGAGUCACUGAAGAAAGAGAAAGAACGGAAAGAUGCGGUCGCCACACUGACGGAGGUGAAGACUGAACUGGAGAGCCAGCGGGGUCGACUCAAGGAGCUACUGAAAGAGGUGGAGAGGGAGAGGGAAGUAAACAAGCAGAGGCUUCAGUCAGUGGAGACGGACAUAACAGAGAGAGAGAUAACAUUUGACAAACCAGAGGAACUGUUAAAAGAAAAGGAAAACCUCUUAAAGGAUCAGUGGAAACUGGACGAGAAAAAGAAGAGUUGUGAGGGACAGCUACUGAACAAUGAGAGACUGCUGGAGCCCAUAGAGAGUCACGUUACUAGAAUACACAUGAAGGAAGGAAACAUGCAAAUCUGACUUUGGGUAUAGAGUCGUCAGAGGAAGGAAGAAGAAAGAAAAAGGUUAAUAAGUGUUAAAGUUCAACAACAGUCCAAACGACAAGUUAAAUUAUUGCCAUAGUUCUCCAGGGAACUGCCUGAAAAGGAAAGCGAGAGAUGAAGUGAUUUAUGCUCUGCUUGAAAGAUCUGCUUUGACAUAGAAUAUCGCUUUCUAGACAAACUGAAGCACUCCAGCAUGGUUCACAUUAAAGAUGGAUUAUCUUUUAAAUCUCUUCUCAGUGUUUUCCAACACAUUGUUGUCUUCCUUCUCAUGACACACUUUUGUGGAGGUACUGCCUUCUCACCAUGUGAUAUUCCAAUCAGUUCGGCAGAUCCAGUUUUUUUUUCUAGCUCCUGUACUCCCGCGGCCUUGGUUUGUGGCUUUGUUGUCUUGAUUGGUUGUGGUUUGAUCAUCUCUGCUGUCGUGUGUAAAUGGAAACGUGGCAAAACUAAAUCAAAGAAUGAAAUUACAUUACUUCAAAAUGAAUCACAAAAGAAGAAGAAAGAACUGCGUGAGGUGGUUUCCACACUGACGAAGGUGAAGACUGAACUGGAGCGACAGAGAGAUCAACUCAAAGGAAACCUGGAGGAAGUCAAGACAGAGAGGGAGAAGAACAAGCGGGAGCUUCAGUCAGUGGAGAUGGAAAUAACAGAGGGAGAAAUUAGAUUUGACAAACCAGAGGAAUUGUUAAAAAAAAAGGAAAAACUUUUACAGGAUCAAUGGAAACUGGACGAGAAAAAGAAGAA